AGUACAAACUGGGACAAAGUAGCAUGCCAAACUUGAUAUUUAUUGAAACAUUGACUGGAAUUGUGCACCGUUUCCCUUCUCUCCAGAUUUGCAAUGUAGAAUUUUUUUCAUAUGAAAGCAAACUUUAGCUUUGUAGCCUUUUGAGUUCAUUUUUAAUGUAAUUUUUUUUUAUACAGGCCAACAAAAGAACAAUAAUAUCGUGCAUACAUUUCUAAUACUACAAAUCCCACCAGUAUAUAGUGGCGGGUGAGCUCUAACACACAUUCGAUGUGAUCUUUUGGACCAAAUAUGAUUAAACCAUGGGCCAGAUUUGGUCCGCGAACCUGAGUUUGACACCUAUUCCCAAUUGUGCGUAGACAGUUCCUGAGAAGCACUCUCUCUGUUGAGUUGAAAGGUUUUCCCUUGAACUAUAAUGACAGUCUGCAUUAUUCAUCCAUAACAUGAACCUAAUGGGAUGAAUUUGAAAUAAAAGAACAUAAACAUUGUGGAAAUAAUGAAGUAAUUAUAGAGUCAAAAGACCAAAGUCAUAUCUUUCUAUCAUGGUGGUAAUUACAGUCAUGGAGACUCUGAGGCAGUAAUGGCUUGGCUGAACACUAGCUCCACUCUGAUUACGCAACGGACUGCUAUUAAACGGAUAAAUCAGUGUCCACGAAGGCUGCACGCCGAAUGACUUAAGACUUCUUUACACAGCUGACAAAAGUCACUUCUCCCCAUUUUGUCCUCUGAGCCACAAGGCGUGAGUAAAGAGGUGGAGAGGGAGGAGAGGGAGAGAGAGAGAGAGAGAGAGAGAGAAAGAGAGCGAGCAGAGGGAGGGAGACAGUGAGAGUCUCAAACUGCUCAGUCUACCUAUCCACUAGGAGGAGGAGGAGAGAAGCCGUUGAGGAGCAACAAAAACAACACACGGCCGGUACUAGAGACAAAAGCCGCCGAGCGUUCAGGAUACAGGAGUAUCUGAGUGACAUAUCCUACUCUGUCCUGCUGCCUGGGAGUCAAACCACAGCCAUGUAUCUGAACAGGGAAGAGGGGAGCAACAGCAAAGGCUCGGUGUCCCUCAGUGUGUUCCUGCUCUCCCUCGCAGUGACAGUGUGUGCUGUCUGGCUGGUGGCUCUUUGUGGCGUCUGUGGAUGGUGUCAACGCAAGCUGGGGAAGAGGAACAAGCCAGGAAUGGAAACGGCAGACACUCCAGACUCGGCACGUGGGCGAGGGGAGAAGAAAGCCAUCAAUGAUCUAGACAGAGACUUUUGGAAUAACAAUGACAGCAGCACAGUGCAGCAGAGGUGGAGCUCUUAUCCUCCCAAGGAGUUCGUACUUAACAUUUCUCCAUAUGCUCCAUAUGGAGACCCACGCCUCACACUCAAUGGGGCAGUAUCAGGGGGCCAGAAGGGGGCAGCAACUGGGCAUGGGGAUGAUGUGGGGGGUUCUUAUGGCAGCGACAGCGUGAAGAGCGUGGUGAGCGAUGGAGUGAAGGCCGGGAGGUGGCAGACGGUCCAGGGCCACAUCCAGGCUGGAGGGCUGAGACCCAACAACUUCGGGGAUCAGGUCUUGUCCUACGCCUCCACCUUGGAUCACAUUCCCUCUGGUCCGGCUCGACCCAGGACUCUGUUACGACAGCAGAGUCUCCAGCAGCCUCUCAUCCACCCGCCUGGCCCCGGCCUUGGUCAGCUUCGGGGAUCAGGUCUUGUCCUACGCCUCCACCUUGGAUCACAUUCCCUCUGGUCCGGCUCGACCCAGGACUCUGUUACGACAGCAGAGUCUCCAGCAGCCUCUCAUCCACCCGCCUGGCCCCGGCCUUGGUCAGCCGCCCACCACAUCCCAGAGCUUGGGACAAUUACACACAGCACCUGGACAACCAGGGGCAGGUGGGGGAGGAGGCACGAGCGGUGA